AUGGAAAUAAAAAUAAUUAAUAUAAAUUUUGUCAAUUAUCCACAUUCGAAAGAGCCGAUUGCGAGUAAAUUAGAUACAUCAGCAACUCUCGAGAAAAUCCGUGAGGAGCUCUCUCAAUGUGAGGAAAAUGGAGAAUCCAUCAUGGAGUUCGAUAUGAAGUUUUGCAACAAAGGAGGGCCGUAUGUGAUACAAAGGAGUAAAGAGGCGGCUUUUUGUCUCCACGAGAUACUCGAUAACAACAAUAAUCUCUACAUUAAGCGGAGCGAGAAAUUCGAAGACAUAAUGCCUCGUUUAAUUAAAGAGAAAAAAUUAGAUUGUGGCAUUCGAUGGACCGAAAGAGGACCAAUGCAAUCAGACAAUGUAGCCUUCAAGUUUGACAGACGUGAAUUUGUCACGCAUCGAACUGACGAUAGGCUUAAAUUUGAAAAAAGUAGCAAGGAACUUUGUGAAAACGGCAUUGUAUGGAAACUUGAUUUGAAUAUGCCAUGGUUACCAUUCACCGGCUCGAUACGCACACACUUUACUCGAAAGCGAUCGAACAAAGUGGCACAUAAAUCAUGCCAGACACUCGAAAGAUAUAGUCGAGUGACACUAUUCAUGAAACGAGAACAUAUAAAACCUUCCGAUGAAUUUAGAGACGAUGUAGAGCGAGUUUUGAAGUCGAGUAGUCAAAAGGAAAAAAUGCGUGAUGCAUUAAAUGAAGUUUGCGAGAAAUAUGGCUUUUUUUGGGCGAGAACUGUACAACUAGGAGGGUUGAUUAUCAAAAACGAGGAAGAGCAUAAAGAAACCAAUGUUAAUAUUAAAUCAACUGGUGGAACUAUAGGCAUUAGUGCUGCGUCAGGAACUGCACCAAUGGUAGAUGGUGGAAUAAAGCGGAAUAACCAAAAUUUAACUAGCAAUUCGAACAAGAAUUGUAGAGCUGUUGGUGGUUUUGAGCCAGCUUACAAGCAUGAAACUGAUACAGAAGAAUGGCUUGAAACACUCGAAGAUUACUUUACCUGGACUAUAGUAGAUUAUGGAGAUGUAGUCCCAAUAUUUGAGAUUUUUGAAGAAAGUACGCGAACUGCUAUUCUAAAAGUAUUAGGACCAAGAAUUUGUUACCAUGGUAUUGAUGAAUUGAAGCCUUUAAGAUACCCAUUGGUGCGUCCACUAAAAAUCCAUUCUGAUAUAUGGAAAGGAAUUAGCCAGCAUCAAAUUUUUGCAGAAGUCAUAUGUGAUAAUGAGAACGAUGCAAUAUUUGCAGUGAGCAUUGAACAAAUACCAAAUGGACCACCAAAGGUGUACGUCUCCAAAGUUCGGGAAAUCAGUAGUUUUAGUUUCAAAAAGUUUUUUGGGAAGAAUUAUACAUUGAAAAUAGCCUACAUUAUCACAGGAUAUCCACAGUCAUUCUCUCAAACAGUUGAUGAAUUACCUGUUGAGGUUGCGGUCGUCAAAGGAGAAAAGCGAGAUGACAAGUUUAUUGCUUCGUUGCCAAAGAUGCCAAAUAUUCAAGGUUUUAAUCAAAGGGUUGUUUUAGUUACUUGUUAUGUGACACAACAGACUAUGGAGGGCAAUUAUACGAUAUUUCCAGUGCACCUUCACAAGGAUGACACUAAUACUAAUAUUACUGAAAUAUGCAUUUCCGCCUAUGGGCGUAAUAAUAACGGCUUUUACAAAAUUAAUAUAGAAAACUUGCCGCAAGAAUGUAUUAAGAUUGCUUACUGUAUUAUUCCAGAUAACCGGCAAAAUGGUGAAAGCAAAUUUGAGCUUGAAAAAACCAAAAUCAUACCGCAUGAAGCGGCGGCUUACAAAGCUCUGUUUUCAAAUCAAAGUGUAUUUACAACUAUUAUACCACCCAACAGCAACAUGACUGGCCGUUCCAGAGAGGCAAAAAUGAACCUUGAUUUAGUGGACGCGAAAAUUGGCGAAGUGGUCACCCGCUUCCCACCAGAGGCCAGUGGUUAUUUGCAUAUAGGUCAUGCUAAAGCAGCAAUGUUAAAUCAGCACAUUGCCAAAGAAUACAAGGGAAAAUUGAUCGUUAGGUUUGACGACACUAAUCCCAGUAAAGAAAAGCAAGAAUUUGAAGAUUCUAUAAAGGAGGACCUGGCACUGUUGGAAAUAUAUCCAGAUCAAUGGACAUAUACAUCGGACCACUUUCAAGAACUGUACGAAUACGCUGUGAAGUUAAUUGAGAAAGGACUGGCCUAUGUCGAUGAAACUGAUGUAGAAACGAUGAGACACCAAAGGAUGCGUGGUAUACCGUCAGUAAAUCGUGACCGUUCAGUUGAAGAGAACUUGAGACUCUUUAAAGAAAUGACUGACGCGACAGAGUUUGGUCAAACGUGCUGUCUCCGAGCCAAGAUUGACAUGAAGAAUCCCAAUAAAGCAUUGCGUGACCCUGUUUUAUACAGAUGCAAUUUGUUACAUCACAAUCGAACGGGUGACAAGUGGAAAGUUUAUCCGACUUACGAUUUUGCUUGCCCAAUCGUUGAUUCGGUUGAGGGAGUAACGCAUGCAUUGAGAACGAACGAGUAUCGUGAUCGUAAUCCUCAGUAUGAAUGGAUACUCAAUUCAUUAGGACUACGAAAAGUUCAUAUACGAGACUUCAGUCGUAUGAACUUUGUAUAUACUCUUUUAUCAAAGCGUAAGUUACAAUGGUUCGUGGAUGAGGGUCAUGUAACAGGCUGGGAUGAUCCUCGAUUCCCAACUGUUCGUGGCAUUCGUCGUAGAGGAUUGACAGUCGAGGCACUGAGGCAGUACAUUUUCACGCAAGGAGCGACGCAAAAUGAUGUUACGUUAGAGUGGGAUAAACUUUGGGCUCUUAAUAAAAAAAUCAUUGAUCCUGUUGUACCAAGACACACCUCUAUUUUGUCCGAAAACAUUGUUCGGGUCAAGAUUACGGGUGGUCCGGCCGAAUCUUACACAAAAGAUAUGCCUAAACAUAAAAAGAACCCCGACGCUGGUAUGAAAAAGACCGCCUAUAGCUCGGAGAUAUUCAUUGAUCAAGCAGAUGCAAAGACAUUUGGACUUGAAGAAGAGAUUACUUUAAUGGACUGGGGCAAUGCUAUAGUAAAGUCGAUCACUAAAUUAGAAGACAACCCUGAAAUAGUGUCGUCUAUUGAAUUGCAAUUGCAUCUGGAGGGUGAUUUUAGAAAGACAAAGAAGAAAAUCACAUGGUUAGCUGAUACUGAACAUGCGGUGAAGGUCACACUGGUUGAUUACGAUUAUUUAAUCAAUAAGAAGAAACUAGCUGAAAAUGAUGAUGUCAAGGACUUUUUAACAGCAAAGACCGAAUUUCUUGACGAAGCGAUUGCUGACGGCAAUAUAAAAGAUUUGAAGAAAGGGGAUAUAAUUCAAUUUGAGAGACGCGGAUAUUACAUAAUUGACACGGAUGCAUCGUCGGACGAUAUACGUUUCAUUCGUAUCCCUGACGGCAAAGCAUCUAACGUGGCGUCUAAAGCAAAAUAA